AUGGUACGACGGGGACACCCCGCUAGCCCUCGACCAGCUACCAGAAGAACCCCAUCACCCUCAUAUACAGCAAGCGCUGCACCAGCCUCGCCACUAGCUACCGUCAAACAGCCACCAAGUCCGGCUACUGCCGCCUUGCAGCAAAAACCAGGUACCACUACUGGAAUCUUAAAGCAGCCAUCAAUGUUUGAACAGGCGGCCGCCACAGCCGGUGGUGUUGCUGUGGGCUCCGCCGUUGGUAGCGUAGUAGGCCAAGGCCUCACCAAUAUGUUUAGCGGAUCUGAUGACAAUAAAGGGAUUGUAGCUCCUCUUGCUGAUGCAACGUCCCCAACACCAGCACCAGCACCAGCUGAAGCUCUGUCGUCAGCCCCAGCUCAUCAACAAUAUUAUGCUAACGGUAGCGCUAAACCCUACGAGCCCCAAGGUCCUUGCGCCUGGGAGAUUAAACAGUUUCUUCAAUGUGCUGAGGAUCAGUCCGAUUUAACUCUCUGCCAGGGCUUUAAUGAAGCGUUGAAGCAAUGUAAAGCACAACAUUAUUCGCAAUAAAAAGCGGAACAAGAAGUGAAAUUCGGUGGCCUUUUUUCAAUUAUCUUUAGUAAUUUCUUUUAAU